AAAGCUCUCAUCUUUCUCCAAUAUUUCCAUACGAAAUAUGAUGCUUGACGUCGCAGUACAGGCACCGCUGUCUCCGUCUCCGCACGCCGUUGUGCUAGUGUUGCUGCACCACAACAACCACUUCCGUAGUUUGGAGCGGAACCUACGCGAUUUCCAGCACUUGGAGAGGCAGUUGCAGCUAGAGGCAAAGAAGUUUCAACGUUCCCCCUGCAUUCCGUCAGUUCUUCCAGCUAUUGAGGCGUGCUGCGACUCCAAGCCGAGCUUCUACCCGUCGAAUCAGCUUGGAGUUCGCUUAGCUAUCGCAUUGGAGAAUUUUAUCCAUCAUUUGGUAUCAAAUUCCGAGCUGGCGACGUCUGCAGCAUUCAAAACUUUCCUGAAUGGGAAUCUAUUGACGACUCAUAAGACGGUCGGACAGAGCUACAGGGACUCAGUGGAGGCCGUAAUUCACGUUCAGGAGUCGGAAAUAGCAGAGGAAAGGGUGGCCGCGGGUUGUGCGGUGGAGCACCGGGUGUGUGUCGAAGAGAAGCAGAUUGUGCUCUGGAAAUUCGCGUCUCAAGGCCCGAAAUUAGUGUUCAGCGCAGAGUUCUCGAGUGACGAAGGGGAACAAGGUGAUAUCGACCCAUACAGUGUCAGUAAUACUGAGGUGACAGGUAGUAAAGAGGAGAAAGAGGUGGCUCACUACAGAACAAACUGUGACUUCAAGGAAGGAGGAGAAAACAGCAGCUUCGUGUAUGGACACUAUGUGGCCGAGAAGAAUGGAUUCGUAUCGCUGCAAUGGGAGAAUGCGGAUAUGAACAGCGUGAUAUCGAAGCCACUGCAGUUCCAGGUGAAGGUGGUGCCGUUGGCUGCUGCGAAGAAAGUGUUGGAGGUCGCUAGUGGAUUAAAUGCUGUUGAUACAGCCGAGUGGCUGUACGACUACAUGAAUGCUUCGGAGAUCACGUCGGUGGAGGAUCUUUCCGAAUGGGGAAGCAGCGAAACUGAUGGCGCUUUUGACAAUGAUAGCUUACACGAUGACGAUUUUGCAGAUGAAGGCCUAGAAAAGGAUUCUCAGAUUCAGGCUGCAGUGUUGGAAGAACGCACGCAUCAGCUCGAGUCGCAAGUGAUGCACCUCGAAGAGAGUCUUAUGGCCACUAAAAAGGAGCUGAAAAGUGCACUGGACCGCGUUCAAAUUGCUGAAGAGAUCUAUAAGGCCAACUUGGAGACCAUCACACAGCUCGAAUGCUCAUCCGUCGGUGGUCACAAGUCGAAUGUGUCGAAGAGCACAAGCAAAGCAGCAGUCCCAGCUUCGGCACCGCCUGCUGCGAUGCCAAGCACGCAACCGGAGGGACCACCCUCAAGCGAGUUGGAGCGUGUGCAAAGACUAUGCGCCGGCUUCCAAGAGCAGUGUCUGUGGCGGUCCGUGGAGAACAUGGAGCUUGAGGCUCAGCUGGCUGCGUCCCAGGUCGAGGCGACUUCGUGGCGCGAGAAGCACAUCGAACAAGCGGCACAAGUGGAGGAGCUGGAGAAGCAGAACCGCACGCUGCGGACGCAUAAAAAGAUGCUGGUGCAAGAGGUCAAGCGUUUGCAGCCAUACUCACAAGUGAAUCUGGCAGCGCUAGUGCAGGAAGCACAGGAAGCACGGAUGGUGCAGCGCAGUUUACAGGCCAAGUUGGACUCGCACGAGCAGCUCAGCAAUGGAGUAGCUGAGACUAUGGCCGAGGCUGGUCCCACCGACUUUGUGCUUGUCGAGGCGUCCGAUGAUGAGCCAUGAGAACAGAGCUAGCCUUCAGAUCGAGUUGCAUUUACGUGUAUGAGCAAUAUGUACGUGGGAUUCUGUCCAUGGAUUGAUGACACUAUGUCGACGUGGUACACGUUGAAGGCAUCUCGUCAAUUCCCUCUACUGAAGUACGAGGGACGAGCCAGCGUCAUCAUCAUUUCCUAUCUUAACUUAUAUGCACAUUAUUUUCGGAAUGCC